AUGGUCCUGGAAUUAAACGGCUGGAUUCCAAUCACCAACCUCGGAGCUGGAGCCAUGAUCAAAGGAAUUAUAAGCUGUGGUGAUGAGAAGCGAUUGCGCCCGAUGGCUCUGUCUCUCCAGUCUUCGGACCGAUACAAUGAGUUCCCACAGCAGCUCGCCAUCUCUUUUCCCGCGCGACUCAUCGCCAUGAAACCUUUCUCGUCAACCCGGCGAAUUCGUGCCCAGAGGAUCAUGCACCACCCCUCUCCCAGCCGCCGCGCCCUAUUCAAACAGAAGUUCCUGGAUGAGAAUGAGCCCGUGUUCAGAGAGCUUCACCGACGGUGA